AUGACAUCAACGACGUCGCAAGGCGACCUUGUUGCGCGGCCGUAUACCAGCCACUCCCGUUCCUUCAGCACGCCUCGCCCUUCAACGUUCGACCAGUCUUCUACUAGGAGUAACAGCGUUGCCGAGUCGCCAGCGCGGCUCAAAGUGCCCGAUAUUAAAAUCACGAGUCCCGCCACGAGUCCCGGGAAGCCGUCCACGGCCGGCCCUCGAUACUCCUUGACUCCUCGACAGACGACGUUCCCUCCGCCAGUGACGCAAAGGUUGGCCGUUCCCGCGGUGAGGCCGCUUCCGCCUGCGCAGCAACAUUUGCCACCGGGAUCAAGGGUUCAACGAGCCCAACCGCCGCUGGCGUUAAGACUGCCGAUCACAGCUUCGCCCGACGACUCACGCAAACGAGAUGGGCUAAUCGAUGUUGCGCUGCCAUACCGGCCGUUCUAUCUACAGCGAAGGGUUCUCAGCUCUUUUGCGGUCCUGUUCGCCGGGCUUCUCGUCACUGUGGAAGCCGUGUUAGACUUAUCAAAUAGAAGAGGGGGACUUGGCUCGCCCGAACACGGGUUCAGGUACCUGUGGCAGUACGGCUCGGCCUUCAUCUUCACCUGCAUUGCGGCGCUCUGGGCGAGACCUGAACACCAAGCCAAAGCAAGCGCGCCGUGGCUGCGGAUGGCCAAGGGACCCGCGAGCGUGGACCGGACCCUAAUGCUCGAUUACGUCUUCAUGUUCGAGCCCUGGACGAUCAUCAAGGCGGCGAGAAACCGAGACUGGCUCGUUGCCGCGGCGGCCACCGUUGGUCUGACGCUAAAGCUCAUCAUCGUCAUCGCUGUCGCCCUCGUCAGCCCGACCUUUCAAAUCGUGACGGCUCGAGGGGCGAGCCUGACUCUGCACAACGCGUUUGUGAACGACCCCACGGGUUUGCAGAACGCGGGAGCGCUGCCAUUCUUCACGAUGGCUGCCCUGCAGACGAGAGGCCUAAGCUUUCCGGAUGGCACCUCGAAGCAAUUCGCAUUCCAGUCUUUCUCGGCCGAUUUGCCUGCCACUGCUGAGUUGCGCACCAACGUCGACGGCUUCGAAUCCGAUAUCGAGUGCGAGCCAGCCCUGUUCAACCUCACCGGAGUCCAGUUCAUCCAAGCCUCGGAUACUCAGCUCAACGCCACCGUGUCAACCCCGGCUUGUGUCAUGACCCAGACGAUACCGAGCAUGUCGCUCCUCGGCUCUACGCUGCCAACAUUUUUCAUGGCCUUCCAAGCCGGCACGUGCGGAAACUCGUCCUUUCCCGAUGACGGACGCGUUGUUGUAAUGGCCGGGGCCAUAACCAUUGAUCAGACAACUGUCCCCACCCAGAGCGGUGUCUUCAACGUCCCCAUUGCCGGUAUCGUCACCAAGUCUGCGGCUCUCAUCUGCCGCCCGUCGUAUCUUCUGACUAGAGUUCACGUCACCAAGAACAACACACAGCUCAUCAAGAUCGAGCGGAACCCCUCCGCCGGCAACAAAUCGCUCGACAAAGUCCACCCGUGGGACGUUGUCCAGGGGCACUUCAACUCCUACCCAGCCGAUUCGCAGAUUUUAGCCGCGAUGCCUGACGUCAACAGUUGGUACCCCGGCGCCGUCACCGUCGCGUCCGACGCCGUCAUGAACUCGGUCGUCGCGAUGGAGGUCCAUGAUCACGGAGUGCCUCCGAUCGAUACCUUUCUGAAGACGGACAACCUAACGCAACUAUCGACGGCGUACUGGAGGCAGUACACUGCGCUUGUGGCACGCAAUUCGAUGAUGGGCGCGACCCAGGAGAAGUCCACCGGCACGGCCGUUAUCAUCGGCGAACGCCUCAACGUCCGCCCGAUCCCGGCGCACCUGCUGUCCGGGCUUCUCGGCUUCGUCCUCGUCCUCGUGUUGGCUGCAGUUGCUCUUGCGCCCGCGAGAGGCUUCCUGCCCCGGAAUCCGAACACGAUCAUCAACAUGGCGGCUCUGCUCGGUCAUAGCCGCCAGCUUCUCCAGUGUCUGCGCGGCACGGGUGCCGCCGAGACAUCCACCGUUCGAGAGAAGCUACUAGGAACGAAGUACUACACCGGAGUCGAACCAUACGAGAAGGCCGAGAAGGAGGCGAGGGGGUACUUUAAGAUAUUUGGCGGAGCACCUCCGCCACAGAACGCACCGCCCGAGUUCGUUCAGAGCGCUCGCUGGAGACACCCGCUGCCGCUGAAUCCCUGGGCACGGCUGGCCGCGGUGGUCACCAUGAUCGGCAUGAUCGUCUCCCUCGAGGUCGUCCUCCGCAUAUCGAAUGCCAACAGCGGCAUUACAACUAUCAAAGCCAACACCGACAGGCACUUCCUGUGGACCACUGGGUCCGGGGUCAUCUUUGGCCUUGUGGUCCUGUAUCUCGCUGCGGCGGACUGCGCGACGCGGUGUCUCGCCCCCUACGCGAAGCUCAAAGAAGGGGGUUCCUUUGAAACGACGGUCGACGUCGACUUCCUAGACAAAUCGAAGCCCAUGAUUCUCUACGACGCCGUCAAGACGCGGAACAUUGCCGUCGUCUUCACCACGACAGCCCUGCUUGUAUCAUCACUUCUCGCGACCUUCUCGGGCGCGCUGUACAGUACGACACCGAUACCCUCGACGCGUCCCGUCAGUCUCAAGGCGCUCGAUAGUUUCGUCAACGCCUCUUCGCCGUGCCCGACGUGUACCACAGACACGCUUUUGGCCUCCCUGAUCCUCGACGCGAACUUGACGUUUCCGUCCUUCACGUUCGAGGACCUCAACUUCAACAGCCUGCAGCUGACAGAGCAGCUCGACAUGCAGGACGGCGCCGGGACAAUCCUCGUGACGCUGCCGGCCAUCCGCUCGCGACUUGAUUGUAGACUAUAUCCACAGUCCGAGAUCAACACCAACUUCACGCUACCCGACCUGCCGACGCAGCAGUUCUCCCAGGAAAUGAAGAUCGACAUCGCCGGCGAGCCGUGCCUGGACCCGUCCAUCAAGUCCAACGCCGUCUUGCCGCCAGGCGUGUCGCCGUCCUCCGUCUUUGGCGUUGCCACGCCCCGGUCCGCCACAUCGUCCCAGUGUUCCGACUUCACCUACGUUUGGGGCCAGCUUGCCGAUAGUAUGCCGUCGCAGGUCGGCUAUAUCUCGGCCAUGGGCUGUAACGAGACGCUCGAGACGGUCAUGGCCAGCGUCCGGCUUACGGGCUCGUCCCUGCACGUCGACUCGACGUACCCGCCGGUGCUGCAGGAGAAUACAGCCAGGCCGGUGACGUUGAACCUGCUGGCGCUCCAGUACGGCCUGCUCGCCAACCUCACGACGGGCAACCAGCUCGACCCGUUCUUCAGCUCCCUCGUCACGUCCCGGUUCGCGGUGCCGGCGGGCAGCCUGGGCGAUCCGGGCCUUGGCAAGAGCGGGCUCGUGGCUGACGCCAUCGUCCGGCAGCACGGCAUCCUUCGCGCCCAGAACCUCAACGUCAACUCUCGCCGCCGCCUGCCGAAUGUCGCUGCGCAAGACAUCAUCCCGGCUAUGCUCGAGUCCACCUCCGUCACCUCGCUGCGGCGGCUUGUGCAGGACAGCGCAUCGACGCGCAUCAUUCAGUCCGUACUGGCGCUGCUCGUCGCCCUGACGCUCGUGGCCUGGCUCCUCACACCGGGGACGGACUUGAUCCUGCCGCGAAACCCGUGCAGCAUCGCCUCGAUCGCGGCGCUGCUCGCGGACGGCAACGUGUUCGGAUUCCUCGGGCGCGGCGCGGAGUGGCAGGCGACGGAGGAGAUGAAGAGGAGCUUCCUGGACGGCAGCCAUUCGAUGGGGUUCAAGAUGGGUUACGAGCGUGUGCGAAGGCGGAGGGGCGCCGAGGACCUAGACGGGACGUCCAAAGGCGACAGGGACGUGGCGUACGGGAUCAACGUUAAGCGCGGCGGUGGCUGGGGCGGCGGCGAGGAUGUCGGUCUCGGGAUCCUGGCGCGGGUGAACCGAGCGCAAAGGGGGUUUGUCAGGGGCUGGGGGAAGCUGUGA